AUGGUGAACUUCAACAUGGCAUACACUUCGCGCAUCAAUCCCGCUGGCGCAACACCUGUACUCAACCAAGCACAGAUCUGGGCUGGCCUGCAGCGCAAGAUACGUUUUGCCCAGGAAUUCGUCCCUGUGAUUGAGAGCUGCGAGGUACUUGAAGAGAAAGACGGUGUGGUAACCAGGGAUGUCAGAUUCAAGAAGGGAAUGGGUCCCAAGGACCAGGCCAAGGAAGUCGUUAGAAGCUACUGGCCAAGUUGGGUCGAUUUCGAGCAAGAAGACGGAAGUCAUGUUCGUAACAUCAUCUCUGAUGGCCCGUCUGGUGAGAUCGAAGACUUGAACAUGACAUAUGCUUUUGAGUGGAAUCUGCCGAAUAUACAAGAGGGAACCCCAGAGGCGGAGAAGGAGAUACAGAGACUUAAGGGCAUGGCCAAGAAAGCAGUUGAGAGCAGCAUUGAUGCAAUUCGGGAGAUGGUCAAGGAUGGCAGGAUCAAAGAGUAG